AUGGAGCUGCAGGGACUCCCGGAUGAAGGGUCGCCCUGGGGAGAGUCCCAACACCUCCACGCCCCGCUCCUGUUCAGCAACAUCCCCGAGAUGGCGCGCCUGCACCCCGGGCUGUGGGGCAGCGUGAUGGCGCCGAUGGUGGAGAAGGAGCGGCGCACGCGGGGGCUGCUGCAGCGGGACCUCCUCAAAGGCUUCAAGAUGUUCGGCUCCCUCUUCAAGCCCUACAUCCGGUACUGCAUGGAGGAGGGCUGCAUGGAGUACAUGCGCAGCCUGCUGCGCGACAACGACCCCUUCCGGGCCUACGUGACGUGCCAGCGGCUGAAGCUGAGAGACAUGCUCGCCAAGCCCCACCGGCGGCUCACCAAGUACCCGCUGCUGCUCAAGUCGGUGCUGAGGAAGACAGAUGAGCCAUGUGCCAAGGAGGCCGUCAUCACCAUGAUCAGCUCCGUGGAGCGCUUCAUCCACCACGUGAACGCGUACAUGCGGCACCGACAGGAGCGGCAGCAGCUGGCAGCCGUGGUGAGCCGCAUCGACUCCUACAAGGUGGUGGAGGGUAGCAAGCUCCUGAAGGGAUUACUGCACCGGGACCUGACCGCGCCCAUCCCUGGUGCCUCCCUGGAGGGGACACAUCAGCUGCUGUUGGAGGGCAGCCUGAGGAUGAAGGAGGGAAAGGACAGCAAGAUGGAGUACUGCUUCCUCUUCACGGACCUGCUCUCAGUGACCGAGGCAGUGAAGAAGGCUGAGGGUACCCGGGUCAUCAGGCCACCGCUGCUGGUGGAUGAGAUCACGUGCCGGGAGCCGCGGGACCCUGGCUCCUUCCUCCUCAUCUACCUGAACGAGUUCCACAGCGCCAUGGGGGCCUACACGAUCCAGGCCAGCGGGCAGGCUCUGUGCCGGGGCUGGGUGGACUCCAUCUACAAUGCCCAGAACCAGUUGCAGCAGCUGCAUGCGCAGGAGCAUGCGGGCAGCCAGAAGCACCUGCAGGGCCUGGAGGAGGAGGAGGAGCAGGAGGAUGAGGAGGAAGAUGAGGAGGAAGAGGAGGGUCGGGAGAGGAGCACUUCCGCCGCCAGCUCCACCACCAUCCUGCACAAAAGCAGCAACAGCCUGGACUCCCAGCACUGCGCCUCGGUCGACUCCACGGAGACCCUGGCUGUGGUGGUGCUGGAGCCCAGGGAGAAGCUCUCCUCUCCCAAGUUUGAGGGCGGCCCCUUCAGCACCCAGUCGGAUGAGAUGUCCCUCGGUACCACCGCCUCAUCUGUCACACCGACCAGCGAAUUGCUGGCCCUGGGCCCCGGGGACGGCCGCUCCUGCUCCAUGGACUCCGCCAACAGCACCCUCUCCCCCACCUCCUUGCAAGACUUUGCGACCCCAGCCCCUGUGGUGGAGCCAGCGCCUGGGCCCCUAGAUUUACCACAGGCCCCUUCACCCCCGCCCUCACCCCGCCUCCGCCGCCACACCCCUGUCCAGCUGCUGCCCCGCCUGCCCCACCUGCUCAAGUCCAAAUCUGAGGCCAGCCUCCUGCAGCUGCUGGCAGGGGCCGCCACCCAGGGGGCGCCCCCAGCCCCCAGCCGCAGCCUGUCGGAACUCUGCUUGGCUGCCACAGCCACCGGCACUAGGACUCGGGGCUCCCCUCACGAAGCUGGGCCCCGCUGGAAUUGCGGGGGCGCACCAAGCCCUGGCAGUGGCUCCCAGCCAUCAGAGAUGGAGGGCAGGACCACCUGCCUGGCUGGGGAGCCCGAAGGGCCCUCCAGGAGGAGCAGAGAGCUGCCCUCAGGGACCUCCCCCAGGGUCCGGCCUGAGCCGCCCCCCGGGAUCUCUGCCCAGCACAGGAAGCUGAUGCUGGCCCAGCUCUACCGCUUCAGGACCACCCUGCUGCUUAACUCCCAGGCCCUGAGCACAGCGUGGAGCCGCGCAGGCCUGGAGGGUGCGGGCGGGCGCACGUGCACCUGGUGCAGCAUGAUUUGCUGGGGAGCCACCCGCUUUCCCGGGUGGGCCUCAGGCCGGGCGCCCAAAGCAGAAGGGCCACCAGGCCCUGAAGGCUGCCCUGAAAGCCACACAAAGACAACCUGCUGCUGGAGGGCAGGCAUGCGGUGCUCCGGGAAGAUGCCGGAGGUAGCGAAGGAAGGUCAUGGAAGGGAACAAUUGCAAGUGGAGAUCCCAAAGGUUCUGAAAGCAGAGGACCAGCUCCUUGCAGACCUGAACUCCGUGUGGGCCUUUUUCUCGGCCUGUGGAAGCGGUGCGAGACACAGGAGGAGGUGA